AAAAUGCACGUAUACUUAUUGCUAAUACACCAAUGGAUACAGAUAAAAUAAAAAUAUUUGGUUCACGUGUACGUGUUGAUUCAGUUGCUAAAGUAGCUGAAUUAGAAUUGGCUGAAAAAGAAAAAAUGAAAGAUAAAGUUGAAAAAAUACUUCAACAUGGUUGUAAUGUUUUUAUUAAUCGACAAUUAAUUUAUGAUUAUCCUGAACAAUUAUUUGCUGAUAAAGGUGUUAUGGCUAUUGAACAUGCAGAUUUUGAAGGUGUUGAACGUUUAGCACAAGUACUUGGUGGAGAUAUUGUUUCAACAUUUGAUACACCAGAUAAAGUACGUUUAGGAAAAUGUAAUCUUAUUGAAGAAGUGAUUAUUGGUGAAGAUAAACUUAUUAAAUUUUCAGGUGUAGCACAAGGUGAAGCAUGUACAAUUGUAUUACGUGGAGCUACACAACAAAUUCUUGAUGAAGCUGAACGAUCAAUUCAUGAUGUUCUUUGUGUUUUAUCACAAACAGUUAAAGAACCACGUAUUUGUUAUGGAGGAGGUGCUUCGGAAAUGUUAAUGGCAACAGCUGUUUCUCAAUUAGCUGAAAAAACACCUGGCAAAGAAUCAGUGGCUAUUGAAUCAUUUGCUCGUGCACUUCGACAAUUACCAACAAUUAUUGCUGAUAAUGGUGGUUAUGAUAGUGCAGAAUUAGUAGCAAAUCUUCGUGCUGCUCAUACUUCAGGAAAAUCAACAUUUGGUCUUGAUAUGGAAAAAGGUACAAUCGCUGAUAUGACUCAACUUGGUAUUCUUGAAUCAUUUCAUCUUAAACGUCAAGUUGUAAUUAGUGCAGCUGAAGCAGCUGAAAUGGUAUUACGUAUUGACAAUAUUAUUCGUGCACCACCACGACCUCGUCAACGUGAUAUGCGUCAUCAUUAA